AAGGGCGGUACCGGGAAAGAAAGCACAUUGUGCUUUAGACUAGCGCCUCACUCCGCUGCUCCUCGUGACUUUCAUACGUCUCAUUUGGGAAAAGUUUGGUUUCACGUGACAAAAGAGCUCACCUGUGAUUGUGAUAUGAUGCCAAGUUUAGAGCCAACAUGUCUGACAAAAAGGCCGUGAUCAAGAACGCAGACAUGUCCGAAGAAAUGCAGCAGGACGCCGUGGACUGCGCCAUGCAGGCCAUGGAAAAGUACAACAUCGAAAAGGACAUUGCCGCCUAUGUCAAAAAGGAGUUUGACAAAAAGUACAACCCCACGUGGCACUGCAUCGUGGGUCGGAACUUCGGCAGCUACGUGACGCACGAGACCAAGCACUUCAUCUAUUUCUACCUCGGCCAAGUGGCCAUCCUGCUCUUCAAGUCGGGCUGAAAUGCUCCUGUCCGUUAUACGGCUCCGUGCAGUCCGUCGGCCGCAGGUUUUUCUUAACGAAUGAUGGCGAAGAUGUGCCCAGUGUUGACCACGUUUUGGGAGUUAUUUUGUUGUCACGUGACCAACGCUUGUAUGUACAUUUAUUUCAAAUAGAAGUUUCAUUUUUCACUAAAUUAAAAGGAGUAGUAGUGUUUUUGUUGUAAAAGGCUUCAUUUUCUGUUGGGUUGUUGUCUUUGUGCUGAAUAAAAUUGCCCCACUUCCAACCAUGA